AUGAUGAUGUUCUCCCGACCGAUUCCGGCCACGGCGGCCAAUCUCAUUGAGACUAGCCAACUGCGCAGGAGAUAUUAUAGUGCACAAGUGUACGCGCAGACACGAGUGCACUCUCUAUUCCUGUCACUCUCUAUUCCUGUCACUCUCAUAUUCCGGUGGGACGACUGCUCGACACGACCAGUGAGAGUUAAGGCGCAGAACCGACGGCUUUGCGUGCUCUCCGAGGCACGGGGG